UUACAUUGUUAAUUUGUAGAAAUUUAUCUUACUGAUAUAUAUAGCUUUCUGUAGUUAUUAAUAAAAAAUAAAUUAACGCGUUUAUUCCAUUUAACAUAUUUGGGAUAUCAAGAUAAUUAUCUUAGUUUUAAGUAAAGCAAAUAUAAUUUAUUUAGUGACCAACGAUCUGAGAACCAGAGUAUUGAGAAGCUGAAGAAAACUGAGUUGAAUAGACGGCUAAUCUUAAUUUAAUACACAUCGAGGAAUAAUGUUUAUUAUUAUAUUACUAGUAUUCAUUCUUACUUUAUUGUCAUAUAAUUAUUACGUGCAUCAUAGAAGAAAUGGACGACUCAUUAAUUUGAUACCAGGACCACCGAGUUUUCUGAUUGUUGGCAAUAUAUUCGAAUUUAUUGUUUCACCAAAGAAACAAUGGAAGGUGCUGCAUUCUAUGCUUAACGAAUAUUAUCCCAUUACAAAAACCUGGACUUUCUUUUUACCUUUCGUAUCUAUUCGCCAUCCAGAUGAUCUAGAGACGAUAAUGAGCAGUACCAAGCACAUCGAGAAAAGUGCUAUGUAUAGUCUAUUACAUCCUUGGUUUAGUACAGGUCUUCUUACUAGCACAGGCGCGAAAUGGCAAUUGCGGCGAAAGAUAUUAACACCUACAUUCCAUUUCAAUAUAUUGAACCAGUUUGUUGACAUCUUGAGUAAGGAAAGCGCUCACAUGAUAAAGUCUUUAAAGGAUGAAGAAGGAGCAAUUGUGAAAGAUUUAAUACCAUUUAUUAGUGAACAUACCCUGAAUAUAAUAUGUGAAACUGCCAUGGGCAUCUCUCUGCAUGAUUUCGGAGCAUUUCAACAACAGUAUCGAGAAGCAGUUCAUCAAAUGAGUGAAUUGUUUGUUUAUAGAUUAGUGAGGCCUUGGCUGUAUAUUAAUCUAUUAUUCGCAUUGUCUCCACAAGGAAGGAGACAAAAGAAGAUCCUGAAGAUAUUACAUGGAUUUACGGAAAAAAUCAUCGCAGAAAGGAAACUUUACCACGAACGCACUAAUGAUCGAUAUUUGAAAAAUUUUGAAAAAGAGGAGACUGAUGAUGCAGAAGUAUUUGGAAUCAGCAAAAAACGACUAGCCAUGUUGGAUCUCUUAAUAGCUGCAUCUCGAGAAGGAUCUUUAACUGAUUUGGAUAUUCGAGAGGAAGUUGAUACUUUUAUGUUUGAAGGUCACGAUACUACAGCGAUGGGUAUAACGUUUGCAUUGUUAUUAUUAGCUGAACACAAAGAUAUCCAGGAACGUGUGAGGAUUGAAGCCAAUACCGUGAUACAAGAGAACGAAGGAAAACUUACUAUGAAAUCAUUGCAAAAUUUACCAUAUUUAGACAGAUGUUUAAAGGAAGCGCUACGUUUAUAUCCCAGCGUAUAUUUUAUAUCACGAUAUGCUGCGGAAGAUGUAAAACUUCAGUCAUAUGUAAUACCUGCCAGGACGGGUAUACAUCUUAAUAUCUAUGGAGUUCAUAGAGACCCUAAUUUCUGGCCAAAUCCGGAAGUGUUCGAUCCUGACAGAUUUUUGCCCGACAGAAUUCAGAAUCGUCAUCCUUUUUGCUAUCUACCGUUCAGCGCAGGACCGCGGAAUUGUAUAGGUCAACGAUUCGGUCUGCUGGAAAUGAAAGCUAUGAUAGCUCCACUUGUACAUAAUUUUUAUUUGGAGCCUAUUGAUUAUUUAAAAGACAUCCAAAUGAAAGCCGAUAUGAUACUUCGUCCUUCUCAUUCGGUUCAUAUAAAACUCGUUCCAAUCAACUAACGAUUGUUUAAAACAAACACGGUUAUUACUAAAAUGUAAAAAAUUCAUAUCUUGUAAAAAAUGGAAGAAAAUAUUAUUGAGUAUAAAUAUUAUAUUUAUUAUAUCGUAAAAAUAUACACAGGAUAUCUUGCAAGUCCGAGUAACAAAUUCUUAUAUUAUAAAAAA